AUGUCAGGUAAAGGGAAAGUUCACGGCGGUAAAGGUAAAUCGUCCGAAACAGCCAAGUCAACCACGUCGCACUCUGCUAGAGCAGGAUUGCAAUUCCCAGUGGGUAGAAUUAAGAGAUAUUUGAAGAGAACUGCGCAAAACAAAAUCAGAGUUGGAUCCAAAUCCGCCAUCUACUUAACGGCCGUGUUGGAAUAUUUGACAGCCGAAGUGUUGGAAUUGGCCGGUAACGCGGCCAAGGACUUGAAGGUAAAGAGAAUUACCCCAAGACACUUGCAAUUGGCCAUCAGAGGAGAUGAAGAAUUAGAUAACUUGAUCAAGGCCACCAUUGCGUUCGGGGGUGUAUUGCCACAUAUCAACAAAGCCUUGUUAUUGAAGGUUGAAAAGAAGAAGCAAAAAUAA